UAAAAACAACCUUUGUGUGGUUAGAGCGUCCACUCUGACUGACAGAUGAAAAUGAAGAGCUGUGUUUUUCUGUAUCUGAUCCUGCAGGUUUUAGGAGGUUUAGGCCUUCCUCUGUUUGAGCUCAGCUCUAAAGCAGAUGAUGCUCUACAGAUGGCCCUCAAUCAGAUCAAUGGACGUUAUGCCAGGAAUCACCUCUACAGAGUAUCCAAGGCGUCUGUGAAGAGGAUUGUUCCUCUGGGGAUGGACACAUAUGAUCUGCAUCUGAGGUUUGGCAUUAGGGAGACAGAGUGCCAGAAGACCUCUGCAGCCGACCCUCAGGGCUGCAUGUACCGCAAAGGUUUUUUUGUGUCUGAGGCAGGGUGCUAUAUCAGAGCACGAGUGACUCAGGAGCUCAGUCGCAUCAUCUCUCUCAGAUGCACAAAGGCAGACAGCUCGAGCUCAGAGUCCAGUGAGGAGGGGAGACUAGGAUUAUACUACGAUUUAAAUCAUUUUGGGACUAGAGACCGCACACAUUCAACUUUAUCACCAAGCAUUAAUGUGUCUCCACCAAUUCAUGCUGGCCAUCACGACAACACAGAAACCAACCAUGUUCGCGCCGACCAUUUCAGCAAUCACCUGCCAUAUCACUGACCCGCAGAAUAAAAUCACAAGAAAAUUCUUCAUACAAAUAUUAAGGUGCUACUAAUAUAAAGCUAAAUGAAAAGACUACUGUACUAGGGAUUUUGCCACUGGCUACCCAUAUAAUGGGAAUAGAUACCUGCUGACAUCAACCUCCCCAGGAAACCCAAAGAAAAGAAGAGAAACAUGGAUAUCAAUAUGUAUAAUUUCAUUUUAAAUUACACAUUUUGCAAAGAGAUAUGCAGAGCAUGAUGUUCAUAGACCUUAAAUGGAUCAAGACCGGAUACUAUAAUAAUUUAAUAUUAACUUAAUUUAGUCACUUCUCAACAGCCUGAAAAGUUUCAUGAUAUUGUAAAUACAUUCAAUAAACAAAUUCUUCAAAAAGAAAUGUGGACAUGAGAUAAUAUGCAUACUAGUUUGAACAUAUGCCAUGUGGCUCUUAUAAAAACCAUUAUAGAUUGGUAGUGUAAGAUUCUGAAGCUGCAUAUAAUGUCUGAAUGGGGAAAAUCAGCCAGAAUCCUUUGAUCAAAUCAACAGGAAAAUGUAACUUUUAUGUAAUAAAAUGGUCUUUUCUUGUAAGGUGAUAAUAUUUUGAUAGGUUGUUUGAUACACAUGUUAUAGAAACUUUUAAGGCAUGGCUGUAUUCAUGACCCAAUAAUACAGGUUAUAAUACAGGAUAUAAGAUAAAACUAUGUGAAUAAUGAUUGUGUCAUUCAGUCACAUGACUUAAAAGUCCAUCUCUUCAUAGGUGAACAAUUUGUAAAAGUCAGCUUGAACGUUCACCAGAGGAAGUAAGGUCUAACAAGGAACAGCAAGGCAGUCAUUUGUUUUACCUAGACAAAGAUACUGCAGCAAGUGAGAAUAUCAACAUUUUAAAACAGGUCUCA